AUGCCAGAAGAAAGAAUCUAUUCCUCUGGACGAGAAGCCUACUUCAACCUGAACUCAACAUGGUACGACCCAGCGGGAUCCUGGCUCGAUACUCGCCGUAAACCCUUCCGCUACGUCGACAACACCGCCUGCGUGACGUGUUGCAACCCCAGGAGCAACGUCCCCCGGAGAGGGGGCCAUAAUUACCGCUGCUACUGCUACCGCUCAUGCACUUGUACACCAGGAGGCAACCCAAGAGUUACAUGUUGCGUUCACAACCCUUCGGGAGGGCCCCGGGAUUAUUGGGGGCGUCCUAUCGGCGAUGCCUGCGAUGGGUGCACCGGGGGACGCUAUUCUCACACGGGGUCAGAUUGUGGGUCGUGCUGUGGGUCCGUGGGAGGAUGUGGCACUGGAGGAGGGGCGGUGGCUUGUGCUCAACCAUCUGGAGGAGUGUGUGCUGAACCAGGUUGUAGACCUACCGGUAGAGGCGUAUGCGCAGAACCUUGCGUAACGUCUUCUGAAAGAUGUGGUAGUAGAAGAGGAGUGUGUGCUGAACCAGGUUGUAGACCUACCGGGAGAGGCGUAUGCGCAGAACCUUGUGUAACGUCCUCUGGAGGAUGUGGUAGUAGAAGAGGAGUGUGUGCUGAACCAGCAUGUUUACCCUCAGGAUAUGGGAGGAGGACGAGGAGAGGGGUGUGUUUUGAGCCGUGCGCAGGAUCGUCGAGUGGAUGUUGA